CCCAGGUGUGGCGGCAAUCGUUCAAAGCUUCGGCCGCUAUGUCGACGCGCAGAGUUGCAUUACCCAGAGACAUCGUCGAAUUCCUCGACAGCUAUCCUGGUGAAGAAGAUGACAUAUCCCUCAAUGCCAACCUAGAAUUCUAUUCAAACAGACUCCGUUGUCGUCCGGAUAAUCUGCUCAUCGAUGAGCUGCAUGAGCGGUGGCUUGGAGACUACCAAAAGCUAGAGUACAAGCAUGGUUACAUACAGUGGCUAUUUCCUAUCCGAGAGCACGGCAUGAACUAUGAGUCACAGCCUUUACAGACACAUGAAAUAGAAUUCAUGAGGAACGACGAACAGAUCAUGGGUAGGCUGCUGCUGUCGUAUCGGCUCAUGCUGGACUUCUACGGGAUGCGGCUCGAAUCACAGGAGACCGGCUUGUUGAACAGAUCUCCCUCGUCACAUUUCGGCGCUCGCUAUCAAAACCUUGUUCGUUCCAGCCACAACAACUUGCGGAUAUCUCGCAUCUUGAAAUGUCUAUCCGAAUUUGGCUUGGAGCGGUUGAACGCUGGUUUUCUCCUGCACGUUCUGAAUGAACAGAGUGAACACGGUCAUCUCAACUCUCCCAUGCUCCUCAGCAGCAUGGACAGGUGGUGGACCAACUGCCUGAGGAAUGAAGAGGAAAGACUAUACAUCGCAAGUCUAAUCCAAAAGGCGAGGGGAGACCCAGACUUCGUAUUUUCAAGAGGUAUGUACGAAGAAGCUCUAGAGAGGCGAAGGUCGGCGGGCCGCCUAGGCCCGUAAGGAGCUCGCGUAGUUUUUGGCUUUUUAGCUUUGACUUAGAGAAGGCAAUCAAGCCCGACGUCAUAAGACGGUGCCGACUUGCAUGGGGGUUACGAGCGUAUCACCAACCAUAAGUAGUACAUGUACAUUGUAUAUGCUUGAAUCUCUAAAGUGGGGAAUAUUGUCGGUGAUAGACGCAC